AUGGAGUCACCAUCAUUCAAAACUCCAACGGAUCAACAUCUUGCCUCUUUGAUGGUGCAUUACGGAGUUGAAUCACCGAUGACACUCAAGACUGUUGGUCAUAUCGAGUUUCGAGUUGGAAGAGAGAAUUACUCGGUGAGCUUUCAUGAGUUGUGUGGGAUUUAUGGAUUCAACGAGGGAAUUAAUACACAUCUUCGAGAUCACAACGAGGCCUUGUACUUAUGGAGUUCAUUGGGAGACUACCAAGCCGGUGGAACCAAAGUGUCGGGAUUAAGAAACCCGGCUAUUUGUUAUGCUCACAAGAUCCUUGCACAUACUCUCUUUGCAAGAAGGGAAACUAGCAACAUAAAAGAGGACGAGAUGUGUCUCCUUAUUGAAGGUCUCAAACCAUUCCUCUUGAAAAUCAAUGGUGUGUCCAAAAUUACGGGACACCCGAAUGUCAAUCUUGGAGCCAUUCUUGCCCUUAAAUUCAAUGAAUACAAAGGAUCUUCGAGGAUCGAUGCCCUUUAUCUUCAACAAACGGGUUGUCUUGCUGGACAAGUUCUCAAGGCAUAUGCAUAUUGUUUUCACCUCGGUAGCAAUAAUGAAACCAAGCAAGGCAAAGGAAAAACUCUCGACACGCAUCAAGAUGAAGACGGAUUUUCUUCAUCACCUCCACCAAUCUAUGGGAGUGCACGGUACCAACAAAGACAAUUUGAAGCUCCAAUCAAAACCAUCGCGGACCGCCAUGCCAUCGAAGGAGUUAGCCUUACCCAAAGAUGGUGUAAAUGGCAAGAUCGAACAAUCUACAAGCUUUGCAAGUCGGUGAAAGGGUUGAAGCAAGCGUUAGUUCCGGACUCCGAUGAAGAGAAUGAAAUAGCACCCAUUGAAACAGAGGAGACGAUACAAGCUCUAAGACGCAAUUCUAUUUCCGAAGAAUCUUCCUCUUUUGAUAUUCCAAUGGAACCCACUCGCCCAUCUUCCUAUGAACGGAGACCAACAAGGAAAAGAGUGAGUAGCCCGACUCCAACUCACACACCGAGUUCAAGCAACCCCUCUCUCCAAGUUUUGGAGUCGAAGAAUCCGACACCUUCUAGAGGUGAGAAUAGUGAUGAAUCUAGAAAGAAGAGGCUUUGGAGCAUAUUUGGACUCAGAAAAGGAUACAAAAGAAGAAUCAAUGGAGUUAAAGUGCAAAGGGAAAGAUGA